GCAUCAACUUCCCUUACCUCUACAUCGUGGCUUCCAUGAUGCUCAACGUGCGCCUGCAGGUUCAUAUUGAAAUCCAUUGAAGGCUUUCGCCUGACUGACUAAGGUGUGGCCUCGGGCUCAGCGCAUCAGAGAGCACAAAGCAUGAGGGAUUCAAGAGAGACUCUGGGCACCUGUCUCGCAAGAGUGAAGGGAGGAGGAGGAGAUGACUCGGACCUACUCCUAUAUAGCCUUAAGAAAAGAACACAAGAAGAGAAUCCUCAUCCAGCAGAUAUGCCUUCCUGGAUCAAUCAGCUUGCUGUUGAUGUAAAUGGAAAUUCACACAAUGAGGCAUUUUUGGAAAUGAAAAAUGAUCUGAGUGAGGCUGACCUCUCACUUCAUGAUGGCCACAAAGUGUUUCCAUAUUUGAAAGAAUCAGUAAAAAAAAAUUUAGCUUCAGCAGCUGUUCUGAGCAAGUCUCCAGGUCUGCUCUCUGUCCCUGCAGAAGAUCAUUUUGCUGGGCUACUCUGUGGUGCCAGGGAAGAUCUGGAGAGGGACUGGCUGGAAAAAGAGUCCAUGGCCACGGACAACCACAAAGGACACUGUCCUAAGGGAGAGCCUCAGGUAUCAGGACUGCCAUGCCAUCAAAAACUGUUGGAAAUGGGGAUUUUUAAAGAUGAACCACCAAGUGCAUUUCCUGCAGGGCUAGUCUCUGUGUUGGUACCAUCUUGCCUGCGUUCAGUCCUUUUUGCAAUGCUGCAUGCAUGUCCUCAAGUACUCCUGAAUCAUGAGACAAAACAUAUUUUCCUUGACCAUUUAAAGCCCAUGUUUUUAGAACCAACAGUAGAAUACAAGAAAAUGCUUUCGAGUGUAAAAAGCAUCUCAAAUGGUCUGCAGGUAACACUGGGGUUACUGACUCUAUGACUUUUGAAUUAGCAGAUCCGUUAUGCCAUAGUUAAGGUACCAGCAGAACAAUAAAGAUAGUGAGAUGGAUUUUAAAAAUUGUCUCAAAAUGAUUUCUGUCGCAUGAAGUCUUAAUACAAACAGUCUAAGUUCUUGCUUGGGUCUGUUUGUGCAGACAAAAUAAAUCAAGUUUAAACUCACUAAGUGCUGAAUGAUGCGGAAGAAAAUUUUUGAGCAUGUUUUAAAUUGUGUUUGAAAGAAGCUGAAAAUUGGGCAGCCAUUUCAGGAGAAUGUUGAUAUAUCUUGUAUAAAUAUCAGAUUGAAACAUAAUGUAACAUGAAGUUAUUUAUCUCAGUACCCAUUUGGAAGGGCUACUGUCCCGGAUACUGUCUCUUUAGCUACUCUCUGAUCACCAAAUGGAAGUGGAUAUUUGUAAAGUCUGCCCCGCUGUACUUUUAUUAAGCCUUGCUGAGUUCAUGAUAAGCUGUUACCAUUUCUGCAUUUUGUAGAAUAAUUUUGGUCUGCAGCAAAAUUUGAUUUCUCACACACCCCUUUCCUUCCACUUGAAAUGCAAUUUAAAUGGAGGCCCUACGGUGCAAGUUGCAAUAUUAAACUUACCUUUAGAAUAGUCUUCUCAAACUAGGAACCCUGCAGUGUUAUUACCUUAAAUGAAAGGAAACGAGACUAUUUGAUAUAGCUCAGUUUUAGAGAAGCAAAUCAAGUAUUUCUCUCAUAAGAAUUUCCAGGCUGAAGGAGUUGAGAUAUCUUUUACAUGAAGAUUUUUCUGAGGUAAUUAACUCCUUUUGUUGUUUGUUGAUAACUUUAAUAAAGGUCAUUUAAGAGUGUAAGUUUUUAAGGACUCCCAAAGUGAAAUUUAAAGCCACCAUUUUGGGAAUAUUGAUUGCAUAUAUCAGUUUAUAUUAUGUGUAAAUUACUAUGCUGUGUGCUAUUUUAGGUUUUGGGAAAUGGAAAAAUAAAAUCUGGUCUUUAGCAUAAUAAAUGUCUUAUUUUAUGUGUGUAA